AAUUAGUGCGUCUUUUAUUUAUAAGUAAGGUUAGGUUAGGUUGUGUUUUGUAUAAAUCUUUUACCAUUCAAUUCAUGGAAGUGAAACAUUGUUUUAAACUAGAAGAAGAAAAUGUACCAACAAAAUUUGAGGACAAUAAUUUUCAGUUACAUACAGAUAUAGACAUAUUCGAUGAUAACAUUAAAUGUGAAGACGAUACAGAUACCAAACCUACACAAUUAAUAAUGGAUAAUGAAAACAAUAUUGACACAAAUACUUUAAUACAAAACAAAAUUGAGCAAUUAAAUAUUCCAAUUUUGGAGAGUAUCACUCAAGAAAGUAUAAAUAAUUUUAAAUUCUUCAAUGAAAAACAAUAUGAGAAUAGAUAUUUUCUUCAUUCCAAUAAUUUGGGCCAGAAUGAAGAUAUUUGUAUAAGAGUCCAUACAAACAAAUUGAUGUUGAUAACAUUAUCUAGAAGAAAUGAUAUUGUUACAAGCAAUAAACGAAUUACAGAAAUUAAUUUUGAAAUUAAUAAAAAAAUUAGGUGCAAUGUUAAGGUUGUUGGUAAGAAGAAAAAUGGGGCCAAACUUCUAAGACCUGAUACUAUUAUGUGUCGUGUACGAUUAGAAGGUGAAAAGCAAUUGAGGAACAUCAGAUGUGGAGUUACUGCAUAUUUAGUUGAAAUAAACGGAGCAGUAAUAAAAGAUCCAAAUCUUUUGAUAAAAGAUCCUAAAAGCUACGGUUACUUAGCCAUAAUGAUGCCAAAAGUACAUCAAGGUGAAAAUGAUUCAUGGAAUACUCAUCUAAUCAGUGAAGAAGAAUAUUCAAAUUUGAUAUCAAAAUAAAAAAAACCUAAUGUACAUGAAAUAAAAUAUAUAUGAGAAGAAAA